GGAUGAGCAGAGGGAGAGGGAGAAUCAGACUCGCCGCUGAGCAGGGAGCCCAAUACGGGGCUUGAUUCCAGGACUCUAAGAUCAUGACCCGAGCCGAAGGCAGAUGCUUCACCAUCUGAGCCAUCCAGGUGCCCCAGAAUUGUUAACUCUUUAGUAAUACUGUGGUGGGUUGGAGUAUGGUUACACUCAUAGAUGACACAAAUAAACAAUGUUGCUAAUGGCUGAACCUGGAGAUCAGUAUGUAGGUACAUGUUCAUUAUUCAAUUAUAUUAUUUAACCAUUCUUAUUAGGGGACAUUUAGAGUGUAUCUGUUAUAAUUAUUAAAAAACGAAUGUUUUUAUAUAUUCAGCUUUUUUAAAAUUUCAAAUAUUUUCUUAGGUUGGAAUCUUAGAGCAGAAUUAUAAGCUCAAAUUUUAUGAGAAUCUUUAUUAAGGCCUUUCAUUUAAUUGACUAUACUCACUUGCACUGCUAUCAACAGUGUAGAAAAUACAUAUAUAUCAUGCCAGCUUAAUUUUUUCUCAUUUUUCCCCAUGACUGCUAAAGAAAUUAUUAUUCUAAGCACCUAGAAACUACAAGUUACUAGUAGCCGAAGUAUCUACUAGCUAAUCUCAUGACAUCUGCUUUACCUACAAGAAGUGGAUCCCUUCGUUUUAGUUUGUUGUUUGUUUUUUUAUGGUAUUUAAAAAAAAAUGGAAAGGAUCAAGGGUGAGCCUGGUUUGGCCCUCCCACUACACUCAGCUGGGUGGGUGUAUCUGCUAGCCUCACCUCCGGUGUAUCUGCUGAUCAUUUGAAGGGGGCUGUUGCUGCCCCAGCUUGAAGUUACUGCUCUUCCUGUUGAGUGUUGAGGGUACAAUUAAGGUCCUGUCAAUACUGAUAUAGUGGUACUGAUUAAGUAAUCAGCAAGACCCCAUCAUCAGCGCCUUGGAGUUUUUCUAAUCAAAUUUAGAAGCAAACUUCCUACAAUAUCAGAUUAUUCCAAAUGUGAGUUAUUUGGUUUUCCUGUCCCCAGGUUCACAGCACCUCAGGCAGAACUCUAUGAAGCUGUUCUAGAGAUACAGAGAGACUGUCUGACCCUCUGCUCCCCUGGGAGAAGCUUGGAGAACAUCUACAGCUUGAUGCUGACACUGAUCGCACAGAAGCUUAAGGAGUUGGGGAUCGUGAAGAACAUUAAGGGAAAUAAUGCCUUCAAGGCUGCUCGAAAAUACUGCCCUCAUCAUGUUGGUCAUUACCUCGGGAUGGAUGUCCAUGACACUCCAGACAUGCCCCGUUCCCUCCCUCUACAGCCUGGUAUGGUCAUCACAGUGGAGCCAGGCAUUUAUAUUCCAGAGGAUGACAGAGAUGCCCCCGAGAAGUUUCGUGGUCUUGGUGUACGAAUUGAAGAUGAUGUAGUGGUGACUCAGGACUCACCUCUCAUCCUUUCUGCAGAUUGCCCCAAAGACAUGAAUGACAUCGAACAGAUCUGCAGCAGAGCCUCUUGACUUUCAUUGCAGCCCACGUUCCUCUCAGGUUUAGAGGGGGUGUGCGUCCACAUCUGUGCAAGUGUGCCGCUGAGCGUCUGUGCUGUAUGUUUCUACACAUGUUCCAUUUGGGAGUAUGGCAGCUGUGUGAAUGUAUGAAAUUGUGUAUGUGAUCUUUAUUCGUUUUAAGUAGCGGAAGCCUGGAAAAUUGAAAUUUUGAAUGGUAUGUUACUACAACUUUAGUAACAUUAACUCUACAAUUAGUGACCAAGGCAGGUUUAAUUUUUAAAUGUACAGAAAGAUCUUAGUUACAUAUGCCCAUGCAUCUCAGUCAACACAAUUAAACAUACAGAAAAUUUUCUCCUUCUCGCCAGCUCUUUCCCUUUCUACACUUUUGCUGAGAUCUUCCUAAUAUCGUAAGCUGUUUAUUAUGAUGCUUCUAUUCUGAGCUAACCACCAGGGUCUCUGCCUAUGCUAAAAGCCACUUGUCAGUGAUUGUGGGUGGCCAGUACAUAUCUUCCAUAACUCCUCUCCAUCUCUUCCAGAUCCUACAUAUCUACUGGAGCCCCUUGUGGGCACUGGUAUCCUGCAAUCCCACCAUUUAGCUCCAAUCCAGAUUUUAGCAACACUAUUAAACAAAACAGUUUUGGGUUUUUCUUGCUAUUUGGUUGCUUGGAAAGUGUUUAGCUCUUGAUGAGGGAAGAAAUGGAAGAGAAAGAAAAGCAUAUAUGUACCUGCGACAGAUCGACACCUCUGUCCAUCUGUUCUCAAUCUGAAGAAGAUUCCUUUUCGAGGCAUUCAUGGUUUCUUAUAGAUUGUUAGUGCACUGACCCUCACAACACACCCUUGAAGCCUCUGCCCUGGCCAAGCGUAGAGCCUCUCCUUACCCUGUUGGUGUCAGAGGAAUGGUACCCAGGUUUCAGAGAGAUGCUCCUGUUAUCAUACUGCAGCAUGUCUAGUGCAAUAUAUGGAACUCACCCAGUACCUGUAAACAUCCUAUGACCCUUUUAUUUCUCUGAUAUUAGCACUGGAAGGGCAGUAGUAAGGAGUCCUAUUUCCCUCAACAUGGCAUUGGCUGCAUUCAUAAAAGAACUAACUUUGCAGAGUGAAUGGGGCUAGAUUAUUGCAGAUGGUUUAUUCAAGAGCUUCUGUCAUAGAACUAGUGUGUUCACCUCCUUUAAACCUGGAUAUGGGCCCAAGAUGUACAGAAUAUGUUGAUUGUUAGAGCAUAAAUCUGAGGGAUUUUAAGAAAGAAAGAGGCUAGGGGAUUAACACUCCCUGCAGUGCUAGAGGUUUGCCAAUCUUACCAGGAAAACCCAAGGUACAGAGCCAAAAGCAGACAAGCAGCAACUUCUUCAGGAGACAAAGAUAAUGGUAUAGAGCAGAGAGAUACACGCGUUGUCCCGCCGGUGCUCACCCGUGAAUGCUGUGGCUUUGCUCAGCAGCUGUGGGAAUGGAUGGCCACACAGCUGGAGUCUGGUCCCUGGGCCUGUGCUCCCCACCUCCCUCCAACUUCUCAGUCCUGUGCUACUUUCUCAAAGAAGGGGCUGAAAAUAAAUCCACAACUCUAGCUUCUCACCCUCUGGGCUUCUGUGGCACCAACAACCCUUUCCUUGGAUUGAGUUUCCUUAGUUCAUUUACAGUCCUGGAAUAAGGGAUUUUCUUUUCUUCCUGUAAAUCAUUUUCUGUGGUCUUCAGCUUCCUAGCUAAGACUAGGUGGCUUUUAUGUAUAGCAGCACACCUGGACAUGAAACAGACCUCUGCUUAGAUUCUAGUCAAGUUCUGCAGGUGUUGUGAGUCCUAUUUAGAAUGGCUGUGGCAGAAUUCUUCUGGUGACUUUUAAUCCUUGAGCCACGUACAUUGUCCUUCAAGUCCCGGAUUAACCUCAGUAGCUAAGCAUUGAUUCAGACUAUUAGAACCAUCAAGAGAUGGAUGGCAUAGUGUUUCAGGGCUGUCUGACAUAUUCAGGAUUUGUUGAGCAGAUAGCGGUGCACAGUGCAGAAAUCUCAUUCAUUCUUAGCUGUACCACAAACAAGCCCCGCAUUUCCUCCAUGUCUAAGUAUAAUACCUUGUAUAUGCACCAGGCUCUCCUAAUGGAAACCUUAAUUUUCAGAAGUCCUUCAAACGUUACACUGGUAUUUUUCUCCCUCAGUUAAAGAGAGAUAGUUGGGUCAUUAAUGAUACCAUCUAAGUGAAGGAACCAUAUCUCGAUAGCCUCUUCCGCUUACUUUUGUGUAUUUGUCUCAGAAAUUUGUGUUUUUUGUCAUAUCAGGAAACACUUGUGUUUUUUAUUUAAAUUGCAGUAGUAGCAAUUGCUGGAAUAGAAACCCUUCUCUUCGCACAGCCAUAAUAUCCAAGCUGGAUAUGGUGACUGAAAGUUCUCUCUGGGUCUUCUUUCAAAACACCCUUAUUUUUUCACUAAUCUUUGUAAGGUCAGAAAGGGAAAACUCCUACCAUAGACAUUAUAUCUUAAUUUGAGAUUAAAGUCCAUAAAAUAAGAAAAUCCUAGAUGAAGACAUUGUAACUCAUUAAAAUAGAAAAAUUGGGCUGUGUUAUAUUUGUCAAAGCUGACAUAACCAACAUCCUCUUUAGCUUUCUUAAUAAUAGAAAGAUUGCAGAUCUGAUGCAGGAGUGCUGCCUCUUCUCCAGUGUCUGUGUCAGAGAUCACAAGUACAGCACAGGGACUGCCCCGCCCGGCCAGCUGUGACCUCAGAGUCCUUUGUAACACUGUGUUUCCAAUAACUGCUACCAAUAAAACAAAAUUGGGAUUUGAGUUAGACCCUGUCCGCCAUCCCUCAGCUGGCAUAUGAGCAAUGAUAAUAGAGCUCAUUUGUGUGUGAGUGUGUGUUAGAAAUUAAGUGAGAGCCCAGGAUGGGGGCAGCGUAAACGACCCUGCUUUCAAGAGAUUUUUAUGGUAUGGUUAAUUUUUUUAAAUUUUAGUUUCCCACGGUGGGAUCUGUAGCCCAAAACUUAAGCUGAUAGGGUUAAGUUUUAAUCCUGGGAAAAUAGACUUCGAGCUGAAGUGUUUAAUGUUCCUAAUAUAAUGAGAAGGUGAUACAUCAUUAAUUGCUAACAUUUAAUUAGAGCGGAAGCCCAUCUUCCCAUAGUACAGGGGUCUUCCUGGCUGCUCUUACCUCUCCCUGUGUGUCACUGAGGAACUUAGGGUGUGCAACAGGACUGCUCAGAUCCCCACUGAAAUCAAGAUCUCUUGGGAUAUGCUUCAUGAGGAUCUGAGAGAGCUGCACUCUUUGUUAGCAUUUAUUAAUGCUUUGUAUGACUUCUGUGCAAUUAUAUAAUUUCCGUUUGGAUAAAACGCUGUUACUUUUUAAGGCUCUUUCCACUGAAAAUAGGUAUGUCAUUCCCCAAAAAGGGAAAAGCAUUUAUUACUAUCAUUUUAAAAAUAAACUAGAAAACAAUAGA